CAAAACACCAAAGUCCCAUUCUAUCCCCCAUUUAUUGCUUUGAACUACACAGGGGGCCUCUCCCUCUAAUGCUGUUGAGACAGUGAGUGAGUUUCUGAAUGAAGACUCUGACCUCAGAGAAAUUAAAAGAUUUCCCAUUUGAUUGUGUUCCUUCCCAUCUCUGCUGAAUCUUUCAUUGCUGGCUUCACUUUGUUUGUUCCCCACCACCAUCUCCAGGAACACAGAGAGAGAGAGGCUUUGCUUAGCUGAUCCUGCCCAUUGUUUUAUUUUGCAGAGGGAGUUCGGUAGUGGAGCGCAAAUUGCUGUUCUCCAUGUUUCUUUUUCUUAAUUGUUGAAGUAUUCCUAAUUUUUGCAUCAGAAAAAUGGGGGUUGAGAAAGAAGGUUCGAAAAGUGGAGCAGGUCAUGUGGGUGGUUUCUUUCAGCUGUUUGACUGGACUGCAAAAUCUCGAAAAAAAUUAUUCUCUAGCAAGUCAGAUUUACCAGAAAGUUCAAAACAGGGAAAGAAAAGCUAUGGGAACUUGCCAAUGACGCGACAGCAUCUGGUAGAUGAGGAUGAAACUGGGGUAGCGCCAAGUGUCAAAGGUAGCAGUGAUUAUAGUUGUGCUUCAUCGGUUACAGAUGAAGAAGGAUUUGGAACAAAAGCCCCUAGUGUAGUAGCCAGGCUUAUGGGAUUAGACUCCUUACCCACAUCCAAUUCUUUGGAGCCCUACUCUACCCCAUUUUUUGACACUCAAUCUCUCCAAGAUGCUCCUUACCACAGGGGAAACAUUGACUGUUAUCAUGAUGAUCAGUUAAGGUAUUCUGGAAAUCUGCUAAAAAAUAUGGAAGGGCCUACCCGGAAUCCUUUGGAGGCAAAGCCCCAGAAGCUCAGGCCAAUUGAGAGGUUCCAAACUGAAACAUUGCCUCCUAGAUCAGCUAAGUCUAUCCCAAUCACACACCAUAAACUUUUGUCGCCUAUAAAGAAUCCUGGCUUUGUUCCCACUAAGAAUGCUGCUCACAUAAUGGAAGCUGCUGCAAAAAUUAUGGAGCAAGGACCUCAAACUACUGCCAAGGCCAAAAUGCCUCUAGUAGGGUGCUCUUCAGUACCCUUGAAGGUUCAGGCUCUCAAAGAAAAGGUGGAGGCUUCCCGAAAAGUGCCACUGGUUGGGUCUGCUUCAGAAACCUUGAAAGGUCGAGAUUUAAAAGAUAAAGUUGAAGCUGGUUAUAAGAUACCGAGGCCUUCUGAGGUGUCACGAAAGCCUGUUGAGUCAAAUGCUGCUAAGUAUCUUAGGGGCCAGUCUUUGAAUAAGAGCUGGAAUGGAUCUGUCGAUUUGUCAUUCGGGGCUUCUUCUGAUACGGAAGAAACUAGAGGAAAGUCCAUUUCUCUUGCAAUCCAAGCAAAGGUCAAUGUUCAGAAAAGAGGUCAGAAUUUAAGUAGAAAUAGAAGCUUGGUGGGUCAGAAAGAACAGAGUGAGGUAAGCUCAAACCAGUCCUUCAGGAGCCAACCAAAUGUUCAGAAGAAUUUGCAUAAGAAACCUUCUACACAUAAUGCUUCUGGUGCUCUUAGGCAGAACAAUCAGAAACAAAAUUGCCUAGUUGAUAAAGAGAAAUUACCUUCAAAGCCUCUGGUUUCCAACUCGCAAGGUAGAAAAGUGCUGUCUGGGGAUUCUUCUUCUGGACGUCACAAAAGCUCAAUUCGAAGUAGUGGAAAUUCCAAAAUUGGAUCGAGGAAGUUGGGCUCCGAGGCGAUGGAUAGUGAUAAAGAAGUGUCCUAUUCAAAUGCAAGGAAUUAUCCUAGGAAGAAACGAUCAAUAGAUGGGAACUUUCAAUAUAACAAAGAUCGGACUGUUGGUGAUAUGUUGAGUGAAAAAAAUCAGAAGCCAGUUCAAUCUAAUCCAAUUACUGACAGGAACUACAGUUGGGCUGAAGAUAGCAGAAAGAAAGGCAUGGAUGUUGUUUCGUUUACGUUCACAGCCCCACUUACACGUUCACUGCCUGGGACUGAAAUCUCAGCUCAGGUUGCACAGAAGAAUACUAGUCUUUGCAUGGAUCACGGGGGUAAAAGAUUGUUGCUUGACAAAGACAGUAUGAAGCUAUCUUCACUGGGUUAUAAUGUAAUAGGGGGUGAUGCUUUGAGUAUGCUUUUGGAACAAAAGUUAAGGGAAUUAUCUUAUGGGACUAAAUCUUCUAGUCAUGACUCCAUGAAAGAAGGCUCAGCUUCAACUGCUUCAACUUUUGAUUUAAAACCCAAAUUUAAUGCAGUUAGUUCCAUGCAAAGGUUAAAUGACCAGAGAGACCAACAAUUGGUUACAGAGAAAUUGGGUGGCCGAUAUGAAGCUGACUUUUCAUUCGCUGACUCUCCUGCGUUCAGAUUGAAACAGAACUUUCAGGGCGUCAAUAAGACGGACGAAUAUAGCAGCAGUCAUGGUGAAGCUGGACUCUUGCUCAGUGGCCGACAUCCUAGUCCAGUCUCUGUUCUGGAACCUUCUUUUUCAAAUGAAAGUUACGACUCUUCAAUUAGCACUGAUAGUAACAGUACAGAAGCAAGCAGAUUGUGUUCAUCCGUUCAAGCUCAGGAAGUUCAUGUUUUCAGUUCUUCAAAGAAGUUCCAUUCAGUAGAAGCUGACACCGAGUUGUUAGAUUCUGCUUCUUCAACAUCUACAGGAACUGUGGCAAGAAACCAUGCAGCUACAGUUUACAUGCCAGAACCUUUGAGAUCAAAUGAGUGGGAAUUGGAAUAUAUAAAAGGGACACUAUGUAAUGUGGAAUUGAUGUUUAGAGACUUCUCGUUGGGCCGAGCCCGAGAGAUCAUAAAUCCUCAUCUCUUCAACCUGUUGGAGAGUCGAAGAGGACAGUUGGAAGGCGACGGUGGUGAGUCCAGGCUAAGGCGAAAGGAAUUAUUUGAUUGUACAAGUGAAUGCUUGGACUUGAGAUGCAGGCGUUAUGUGGGUGGCGGAUACAGAUCAUGGGUGAAAGGAGUAGCAAUGGUGAAAAGAAAGGGGACUUUAGCAGAAGAAGUGUACAAGGAAUUCUCAUGUUGGAGAGGCUUGUGGGAUUGCAUGGUGGAUGAGCUUGUGGACAAAGACAUGAGCAACCCCUAUGGCAGAUGGCUGGACUUUGAAACCGAUGCAUUUGAGCUAGGAGUAGAGGUUGAGGAUCAAAUAUUUAAUUCUUUGGUAGAUGAAGUGGUUGCUGAUAUCCUGGAAUUGUAAUGCCUGAAACACGUCUAUAUAUCAGCUCCACCUAAAAUUCUCGUGCAGAUGAUCUUCUUGUAUUUGGAUACUUGUUAGUGUUCAAGUUAUUGGUUUAUUUAUUGCAUUUGAUUCAUCAAGCUUUGUGAUUCAAACUAAGCAAUUGCCAUGUUUUUCAUCAA